AUGGACAGGCCGACCAAGAAGCCGCGGCAGUCCGGAUCUGGCCUGACGCAGCUCGCCGCCGGCCUCACCAAGCGCCUCGCGGAAGAAAAGCCCAGCACCAACCUCGUCUUCUCGCCGCUGUCCAUCUACACAGCUCUGUCGCUCCUGGCCGCCGGCGCCAGGGACGCCACGCUGGACGAGAUCCUCCGCGUCCUCGGGGCGCAGUCGCGCGGCGAGCUCGAGAACUUCGUGUCCCGCAUGGCGGCGGACGCGCUCCAGGACAGGUCCGCGUCGGGCGGUCCUCGUGUGGCCUUCGCGUGCGGCGUGUGGAGCGACCUGUUGUGGCCGUUGAAGCCUGCCUUCCGUGAGGCCGUCGUGGGCACGUACAAGGCCGAGGCGAACACCGUCGACUUCCGCGGCGCGCCGGAGGAAGCGUGUGGCCAGAUCAAUGCAUGGGCGGCUCAGGUGACGAACAACCUCAUCGACUCCAUCCUUCCCCCAGGAUCGAUAAACCCGGCAACGACUCGGCUCGUGCUCGGCAACGCCGUGUACUUCAAGGGCAAGUGGGAGCACCAGCCGUUCCACAGCAGGCACACCGCGCAUGACCCCUUCCACCGGAUCGACGGCAGCCAUGUCGACGUUCCCUUCAUGCAGAGCACAAUGUCGCAGUUCGUCGCCAUGCACGACGGGUUGAAGGUACUCAAACUCCGGUACAAGAUGGGGGCGCUCGAUCAUAUUCAUACCGGAUACACGCAGUUGUCCAUGUGCAUCUUUCUCCCGGACGCCCACGACGGCCUGUGGGAGCUGCUGGACACGAUCGCGUCCCGGCCUGGGUUCCUCCACGACCACCUGCCGGUGCAGCGAAUCGCCCUCCGCGAGUUCCGGAUUCCAAAGUUCAAGUUGUCCUUCCAUAGCAGCAUAGCCGCUGUCCUUAAGAAGCUAGGGCUUGAGCUGCCGUUCUGCGAGCAGGGCAACCUGUCUGACAUGGUGGAGGACGAUGGAUCUGGCUUGCCGACAGUGGUGGAGGAUGUCAUCCACAAGGCUGUGGUCGAGGUAAACGAGGAAGGGACUGAAGCCGCAGCUGUCACCGUGGUUGCACGGGGUAAAAAAAACCGAAGGCCGCGGCGACCCCCAACACCUCCGCAGGUGGAUUUCAUUGCCGACCAUCCAUUUGCCUACUACAUAGUGGAGGAGGCAACCGGAGCACUUGUCUUUGCAGGCUACGUCCUCGACCCAUCCAAGGUUGCCAGCUAG